CUGAUUCAGCUCUGAGGCUUUGUGGUUUGGUGAAUUUUGGAUUUGAAAGCGAAGAAAAUAAGAAAGUGGGAAGAACGGAAGAAUUGAAUUCGAUGGUUAUAUGAUCUUGGUUACCUUGAUUGCACUGAAGAGUUGAAUCCAAUUGAGAAUGGGAUCUCAUUUGGACUUUAAAAAUAUUGGCGAUGGACUGAUGCCGGAAGGAAGUGGUGGUGGUGCUGGAAGGUUACCGGGUAAUUUUACACUGACACGACAACCUUCUGUUUAUUCGUUGACCUUCGAUGAGUUUCAGAACUCCAUGGGUGGCCUUGGGAAGGACUUUGGCUCGAUGAACAUGGAUGAAUUACUCAAGAACAUCUGGACUGCUGAAGAGACUCAAGCCAUGGCUUCUUCCUUAGGUAUUGCUGAAGGUGGGUUCCCUGGAGGGAAUCUGCAGAGGCAGGGUUCUCUAACUCUGCCUCGGACGCUCAGUCAGAAGACCGUUGAUGAAGUUUGGAGAGACUUGUUUAAGGAUAGUAACGAUGGCAAGGACGGGAGCAGCACCGGGGUAUCAAAUUUGCCGCAGAGGCAACAGACUUUAGGGGAGAUGACUCUGGAGGAGUUCUUGGUGAGAGCAGGGGUUGUGAGAGAAGAGGCUCAGAUUGUCGCAAAACUGAAUGAGAAUAGGUUUGUCAGCGAUUUUUCACAUUCUAAUGGCAACACCGGUCUUACUCUCGGAUUUUCACAGCCGCAUCGGACCGGCGGAGCUGUCGCCAAUCGGACUGUUGAGAGCAACAACCUAUUACAGAAUCAAUCUCUAAACCUAACUAUCAAUGCAAAUGGGAUCAUAUCCUCUCUGCAGCAGCCGCAUCAAUCACCACAACCACAAACACAAACACAGCAACAGAAGCAGCAGCAGCAGAAACAACAACAACAGCAACUUUUCCCCAAGCAAGCGCAAGCUACCGUGGCUUAUGUUCCCCCAGUGCAUUUAGCAAACAGCGUGCAGCUGGGUAGCCCUGGAGUGAGGGGUGGAGUUGUAGGAAUCGCGGAUCCGGUUGUAAACCAUGGUUUCGUUCCAGGUGGUGGGAUGGGCAUGGUUGGUUUAGGAGCUGGGGCUGUUGCAGUUGCAUCUGGAUCUCCCGCAAAUCAGUUCUCUACGGACGGGCUUACUAGGAGUAAUGGGGAUACUUCUUCCUUGUCUCCAGUUCCUUAUGCGUUCAAUGGAGGUCAUAGGGGGAGGAAUCGCAGUGGGGCUGUGGAGAAAGUGGUCGAGCGGAGGCAGAGGAGGAUGAUUAAAAACAGAGAGUCAGCUGCAAGAUCACGGGCUCGUAAGCAGGCUAAGCGGAAACCAACUGUGCGGAAUCCAAACAUUGCAUCUGUGCCAUAUAUUGGAUAUGACUUCUCCUUCUCAAUGCUUAUACCAUGGAACUGGAAGCAGAAGUUGCAAAACUUAAGGAGGAGAACCAAAAAUUGCAGGAAAAACAGGCAGAAAUCAUGGAAAUGCAGAAAAACCAGAUCUUGGAGAAGAUGAAUCAGCAAAGAAUACCCAAGAAGCUAUGCUUGAGAAGGACACAGACUGGCCCUUGGUAGAGUUGAAAGAUUGGGACUGUGAUCCAACAACCUCAAUGUGCAGAGUGAGGCCGUUCACUAAAGUUCAAGGAUUGGUCUGUGUACUGGAAAUCUGCUUGAAAUGUUACUAUUAUAUCGAGGGUAGUUAGCUGUACAUAUAGAACGGAAAGGAGUGGUGUGCUGUAUAUUGAGUUGAGAGUAGUAAUAUCUUGUUGGUUAAACUUCCCCAUUAGUACAGUUUCAUCUUGCUUCUCUGUUGAUUGAGUUAGGUAGUGUAGGAAGCAAACUUUGUGGUGCAGCAGCUGCAGUUUAAUGCUACAUCAGAACGCAUCAACCAACCACUUAUC